AUGGAAGAGCUCACCGCUUUCGUAUCUAAGUCUUUCGAUCAGAAAGUGAAGGAGAAGAAGGAAGUGAUAACCUACAGGGAGGUGUUGGAGACCGGCUCGACGCGAGCAGGGAGCAGGGAGGCUUUAUCCGCGGAGCCCGGGAGCCGAGAGGAGGCGGCCGUCGUUACCCGGAACGUUGCGCUCUCGCCGGGCAGGGAAACGGACAUGCUCGGCCCGGAGAGGAUCAGGGACGCCGGGAGCCCCAAACUCAUUGACGGCACCACGGACGUGAAAGAAAGGAAAGAGGACUCGAAGCCUAUCGAGGACGAGACACAAACUAAAAUCAAACAGAGGAGAAGUCGGACUAACUUCACAUUAGAGCAGCUCAAUGAGCUGGAGCGGCUCUUCGACGAGACCCACUAUCCGGACGCCUUCAUGCGGGAAGAGCUGAGCCAGCGACUGGGACUGUCGGAGGCCCGAGUACAGGUUUGGUUCCAGAAUAGAAGAGCCAAAUGCAGAAAGCAGGAGAACCAGUUACAUAAAGGAGUCCUGAUUGGAGCAGCGAAUCAGUUUGAAGCUUGUCGUGUAGCGCCAUAUGUCAACGUGGGGGCUUUACGGAUGCCAUUCCAACAGGUGCAGGCGCAGCUGCAGCUGGACAGCGCCGUGGCGCACGCGCAGCACCACCUGCACUCUCACCUGGCCGCGCACGCGCCCUACAUGAUGUUUCCCGCGCCGCCGUUCGGCCUGCCGCUGGCCACGCUCGCGGCCGAGUCCGCGUCCGCCGCCUCGGUGGUGGCCGCCGCCGCCGCCGCCAAAAACACCAGCAAGAACUCCAGCAUCGCCGACCUGAGACUGAAGGCCAAAAAGCACACGGCCGCGCUGGGACUGUGA